AGCGCGUAUAAGUGUCUUGAUUAUUCGAUUAGUUGAUUCCCUGUGACGAGUUUUUAUUAUUAUUGUUUUUUGAGAAUUGCAUUUUAAAUUAAUCAAAGUGGCUUAAACUAAUAAUGUACUUAUAUUGUUCAUGGCAAAAGAACCACAUGAAGAAAAAUCAUAAUGGCCAAAGCUUUGGAGGACACUUUGCUGGAGCAAGAGCUGACAUGCCCCGUGUGCCUAGAGAUUUAUCAAGAGCCGCACCUGUUGCCAUGUGGUCACAACUUCUGCCUGAAAUGUCUACAGAGGCUUGAGAGCAAUGCAAAUCGUGGCCGUCUGCGUUGCCCUGAAUGCCGUGAAAGCCACCGCUGUGCAACGCGGUGGCAGAAAAACUUUAAGCUUGCCAGCAUCUCUGCUGGCUUUCAGCAACGCAGCUUCGCCAGUCAGCCGAGCCCGAGCAGACCAGGACCAUCAUACAGACCGACUGAUGUACACUGUGAUUAUUGUGUUCCAGAAAUCACUGGUGACACAGUCAAGAGAUCAGCCACAGCGGUGAAGUCAUGUCUGAAGUGUGAGGUAUCCAUGUGUCCAAAGCAUGUGCAGCACCACCUUGAACUCCCUGCCUUUCAAAACCAUCCACUGGUUGAGCCAUUAAGCGACAUGAGGAAGAGAAAGUGCACAGAUCAUGACAAGAUGUUUCGAUAUUACUGUAUGGAAGAGUGCAAGUUCCUCUGCAGUGUUUGCACCCUUGAGGGAGGGCCCAGUGGGCAUGCUAUUAAAACACUCAAGAAUACUAUGCAUGAUCUGCAGACCUCUCUGCGCAAACAACUGCAGAAGGUUAACAGAAAGAUCAGAAAAGUAGAGAAAAAUAUGCAGGAGCAAAAUGAGCUGCAACAGCAAAACAAGGCCUUCCUGGAGGGUGUUGACAAGCAAGUGGACACCUUUCGAGGGGUUUUGAUGUCCAAGAUGGAUGAAUUACUAACAUCACUGACUGAGUGUUUGCGUGCCUACGGGGAGAACAGCCUUAGCAUCCAGCAGCACUUAGUGCAAAUUGAAGAGGACCGUAGUCGCCUGGAAGUUCUCCGCACAGGCAUCGAGCACCUGCUACAGAAAAACGAUCCGUUCCAGUUCAUUAAGGAAUACAUGGCAUGUGCCGAAAGUUACCGCGGGCUUCUAAAAAAGCCACUGUCUAAGCCAUGUUUAAGCCGUUCUUUGAGAAUGGAUCGGGAGGUCAUCGGGAAUCGUCUUGAAGACAAAAUGGAGAAUUUUAUGACUUAUCUACGGGAACACGUCACCACAUUCCUUAUCACUGUCUGUAGCAGUGAUGAAGAAUAUGAAGAAAUGGAGGAAGAUGAGCUGGAGGAGGAGGAUGAGGAUGAGGAAGAGGAGGACGAGGAUGAGGAAGAGGAGGAAGAAGAUGACAGUGAUGAAAUCGACAGCAUUACUGAAGAAGAUGAGAUGAAUGAAGAUUAGAAGUGAAAACAUGGCCAGUCUACUGUUGCACUUGAGAAUUUAAAAGUGAUUGCUUUCAUAUCGGGUUUAGUUCAAUUUUAAUAGCCAAAAAUUCAAAAGUUCAAAAUUUCUAUCCCUGGCUGGUCGCUAGGGUAUUGUGAUUUUCGCUAACCCAGAUGACCUAAUACUAUUAUUUUUUUUUUUAUUUAAACCUGGAAUCUAAUGGGACAUCUGUGCUUUAUGGAAAUAAU